ACUCAAUAAAUCGGACGGUUCUGUUCUUCCGCUUUCAUAUUAAGUCGCGCACGAGUUUUGGCUCGUCGUUCGAUAAUCCGGUUACUUCUGUCCGAAGUCACUUUAGUCGACUUUCACAAGCGUCGAUAUGUUGGCGACUAUCAGGAAGCAGCUCAGACACCACCCUGCGCUGAUCCCGCUCUUCGUCUUCAUCGGUGGAGGAACCGCCAUGUCCCUGAUGUACCUGGCUCGCCUGGGCUUGAGGAACCCCGAUGUCUCCUGGGACCGCAAGAACAACCCAGAGCCCUGGACCAGGAUGGCCCCCACUCAACAGUACAAGUUCUACACCGUCAACAUGGACUACAGCAAGCUGAAGAAGAACGGCCCAGACUUCUAAACAUCCGGACGGCUGGAUCCCAAUAAAACCCCCAAGACCAAGGUCAAGACCUGGGAGCGAUGCAGAGGCUAAACCCGCACAACGUAUUUAAGUGUCCUCAACGUUGCAUCCUCGUGAAUUCACAGUUGUGUCUCCAGUUUUUGUCAAUAAAGUGCAGGAGUCUUGUCUCCUCUUUACAGAGA